AUGGACUUAGAAGCAACUGUGGUUGAACGUUUACAAAAAUUGAGACAGUGGCAGUUAGAACAGCAAGAACGAUUAUUGAAACAACAACAAGUACAAAGAGAAAUGUUAACUCAAAGACAAGAUUGUAUAUAUAAAGCACUUGAGUUAUCAAUACAAGAACUUGAUCUUAAUGAAGAUCAUAUGAUUAGUGUAAAUGACUCAAAUGAAACUAUUGCAAAUACUGAAACUGAUGAGAAAAACAUAGUUAUAAUGCAUAAUGAAUUAGAAAUGAGAGAAAGUUGUGCACAAAUAUCAAAUAGCAACAAAUCAUAUCUUAAUCAAAAUUCAAGUAGCUUUGAAGAAGAAACUUCUCAGCAACAAUUUUGUGGAGAAAAAUUAUUUGAAGAUGCAGUCAAUACCAAAACUCACAUAAAAAUACAAUCAAAAGAUAAGGCAGUACCUCAGAUAAAAAAUGACAUAAAAGUAAUGAUAUCUUCUCCAGAAAAAGAAAAACAAGUGAAACAAUUCAUUAUAGAUGGCAUAGCACCAUUACCAUCUAAUAAAACAGUUAUUAAUCAUAUUUCUAUUGAUGAUAUACCAAUUCCUUCUCCAAGAAAAGACUUUCAUACAUUGCUCGAAGAAAGACUGAAAGACUGUGAAAAUGAACACUCUAAAAAAUCUAAUAUUAAUUUAGGAAAUAAAGUAAAAAAACCAUUUCUAAGAAAAGGAGAAGGUUUAUCUCGAUUUAAGUUAAAUCAACAGCCACAACCUACUAUUUUGAAAACAAGACCACGAAGUGCAUCUUUUACUAACAAUACACAAUCUGGUUUCAAAUAUAAAAAUGAAAGUAAGUCCAAUAAAACUACCCGAUCUUCAAAGAAUGUACAACUAUCAAAAAGUACACAUUCUACAAAUGUACCACAAAAACAUUUAUGUCUAAAAAACAUUCCACUGCCAAAGAAAAAAGUUCGUAGUAAGUCUGAAUCUAAUACUUCUCAAUUGAAAGAUUAUGUUAAUGAAGUUAAGAAUACAGUUGAGUUAAAUACUUCAGAUUUUCAUUCUGGAACACAGAAAGAAUUAGAAGAAGUAAGGAUAUUUGAAUUGUUGGAAGAAAAGGCAGAAAAUUCUAGCUUUUGUUCUACAUCUAGUGCAGUUGUUGCUUUCUUACAUCAGUCAACACCAUGUAAAGUAAAAAAUGCUGGAUGUAAAACAGAAAGUGGUAUGCUUAAUGCCAAACAAAUUACACCAAUAAUUAAAACACCUAAAGAUCAAUUAAUUUUAAAGUCUAAUCAAGUUUACAAAUGUGCAACCUCCAAUAAAAAUGCUGAUAUAUAUUGUAAUAUUGCACCUAUUAUGAAUCAAAAAGUAAUCCAAAACAGUGUACAUAAAGGUACAAUGAAUACUAAUGAAAAUAAUAUAACAAAAGAAAAUGAUAACAGACAUACACUAUUCAAUCAAAUUCAAUCUAUAUAUAAUCAACAGAACUUUUAUAAUAUUCCUGAUGUUGAAAAUGAUAAUGAAGUAGAUGUUAGUCUUCAUGUUAGAUUUUCUGAAUAUAAUGAAUACAAAACUAUUGGAUUAACAGAUACAUCAAGUAUAUCAACUGAAUCAUUAGCAGUAAAAACUUUUUCAGAUGAAAAGGUUUGGAGUGAUUCUUCAACUCCAGAAACAUCUACUAUAGAAACAUCAUCGAUGCCAUUUAAAAUUCCUCAAUCCCCCAUGAUAAUAAAAGUAUUAAAUUAUAAAACACAAUGCCAUAAAAGUAAUAGACAAAACAAUAAUUCUAAUUGUAAUGUAGAUAUACAUCAAUAUAUUUGUCAUAAAGAUGAAUCAGAAUUUUCAGAUACUGCUGAUCAAUUUCCUGAUGAUAAAAAAAGUAUUUUACAUAACUAUAGUCAAAAUCACUCAUCACCACAAAAAAUUGAUAAUUUUCAUAGUAUUGAAGCAUCAAUAAACCAUAUGGACAAGUGUGACAACAAAAAAGCAGAUGAAUGUGUAAACAGUAACGAUGAUGAAGUUGCAACUGAGGAUCAGGAAAAUAAAGAAAACUUACAAGAAGCAAGUGAAACUAUUUUCAAAUCAGAACUUUUAAAAAAUCGUUUACUGGAACUUGAGCAAGAAAUUAAUAUAUUUCGUAAAGAAAAUACAUCUUUAUCUAUACAGCGUAAAAAAAUACAAGAAGAUUCUAGAAACUUACAUAAAGAAUACACAGAAAAAGAAAAAAAAUUGGAAGAAAAUAGAAAACUAGUGGAAGAUCGUUUGCAAGAAGAAAAGAAAAAGCUGAUACGUGAAAAAGCUGCUUUGGAAAGCAGGAUGCGAGAUUCACAAGAAAAGGUUCAACAAAGUAAAUUGGAAAGACAAGAAAUGCAGAAUUUGAAACAAGAAUUAGAACAAUUAAAAGAAGAAACGCAUAUAAAGGAAAGUAGAUGGAAUGCAGCACAAUCUAGACAUAAAUGUCAAAUGAGGAUACUAAAAAUGGAAAAUUCAAAACUAAAACAAGAAAUAGAAAAGCUACAAAAUUUAAAGAAAAGUAAUAUUAGAAAUAAGGAAAAGUCUGGAACUUCUUCAAAUACAAGAGCCAUUCAUCAAAUUAAUAAGCAGAUCAAUAUGCAAUUUAAAGAAUCACACAAAAUUAAUGGUGUCUCAUCAGAAGAUGAUCAGAAGUUGAUAGAAACAGCAAUGAAAACUGCAAAUAUAAUUAAUAGUCAAUAUAUAGAAGAAGGAAAAGAACAUAAUUAUAAUAGUAAUAAGAGUGUUAUUAAUGAAAAAUCUCAAACAACUAUUGUAAAUCUUGCCAAAAAACGUAAUUUAUAUGAAAAUUUGAUUAAAGAAGCAACAUCAGAUUUAACAGAAAUUCAAGAACAGUUCGAUACUUCUAAGAAUUUAAAUGAGUCUAGCUCAGAUUUAAGUAGUAAACUUAAACAAUUAGAGAGCAAAACAAACAUUAUAAAAGAUAAUUGUGAAAAAUCAUAUAAAGAAUCUGAUAUAUCUUUUAAUCAUGAUAAUAUUAAUAGCAAUAUUCAGUUACAUAUGCAAAAUGAUUACACACAUUUUAUAUCUCCUACAAAAACAUAUCAUGAAAAUCAUGACAAAAGUGUGAUAUCAAAAUUAUAUGACGAAUUAUCUAGUACACAUGUAGGAAGUAAAUCAUCUUGCCAAAGUAAACUUAGUAUUGAUAAACAAGGUAUAAAACAGAUACAACACAUUGAUGGUUCUAUUGAAUAUCACUUCCCAAAUGGAAAUGUUAAAAAAGUCUUUCCUGAUCAAGGUUUAACUAAAUUAAUAUAUUAUAAUGGAGAUGUUCGUGAGACUAAUAGAGAUGGAAAAAUUAAAUAUUUUUAUGCAUCAACAGGUACAUGGCACACAACAAUGCCAGAUGGUUUAGAAAUUUUAAAAUUUGCUAAUGGUCAAGUAGAAAGACGAUUGCAUAAUGGUGCAGUGGAAGUAUCAUUUCCAGAUGGUUCAUUACGAAUUUUAGAAUCAGGUGGUAUUGAAAAGUGGAUACAACCUGAUGGAACAUUAAUUCAAAUUCUUACUAAUGGAGAAAAAAUUCUUACACUACCAAAUGGACAACGGGAAAUACAUACCAAAACUCAUAAGAGACGAGAAUAUCCUGAUGGUACUAUGAAACUGAUCUAUCUUGAUGGCACUCAGGAAACGCGGUAUUCAAAUGGUAGAAUACGUAUUAAAGACAAAGAUGGUAAUCUUUUAAUGGAUUCAUAUCAAUAA